UUAUAUUAUUUUAAGUUAUAUGGAAGUCUCUAACUUCCUAUUUAGGAAAACGGACUUGAUAGAAUUCUACCAAGUUCUUGGUGUUAGUAUAGUUCUCGAUUUGGUUAGUGGUUUCAGUGUUUCAGCGCCUUCAACAACUCCCCGCUUGAACAUCCUACAAGUACAUUAUAUUACACCGCACAGUGUUCUACAACAUUCGAAAUGCAGUAGCCAUUUCACAGCUCGUGUCCCAGCACUGAUGGCGUUCUGUUAUACUAGAUGCCUCAUGCAGUCUUUCUCUAAAAAGGUUAGUAGCCUUUUGGUCUCAGAUCAUGCUUCCUCGUCUAGGAGGCGAUUCCAAAAGUUAUGAUUCUCCUAAUAUAUGUGUGUCUAUUGUUAGAGCCGCCUUUCUCUCUUUCAAAUUCCGUCAAAGAGAGUUUUAUUAUCUAUCUACCCUCCAGGACUAUCAACACUAAAAACUCCAUAUUCAAUUGGUGCCAUUCAUUUUUUUCAAAUGGCGAACAUCACCGAUACUUCGUCCUCUCCCUCUGUGCCAUCAUGCAAUAUAUAUCCUCGCUCAUCUAUGAUACACGGGGUGUCAGAUCAUACCCUCGGUGUGAUCCUGCCAACAUUGGUUUAUAUUGCCGGGAGUUUAGUCUUUUAUGCCUUCAACAAGUUUGAACUAUUCAGCAACUACCGCAUCCAUCCACCGAAAGAGGAACUACAUCGGAAUCGCGUUUCAAGAUUGGGCUGUCUUUUGAAUGUCAUGCGUUAUCAUGUGAUUCAGAUUUCGAUAGGAUUGCUACUCACCUACAACAAGGAGGCAGAGUUUGUUAAAAUGGGGGACUGCGAGAUAUAUCAAUGGGCGCGACGAGUGAGGAAGUCUUUUAUGGUCAUUCCUUGGGCAUUGACACUUCUCGGCCUGGAUAUUCAAGGACUUAUAUCAACAUCCCGCGAAGCACCUUUGUUGUCGCAUAUUUUGGCAACUAGCCAUGAUAUAUUAUCAAGUCCAACCUUUACUGCUAUUGAGUGGAACUUCGCGCGUGUCAUAGUUUCUUUCAUAAUACCAGCGAUACAGUUCACGGUGUAUCUCGCAGUUGUGGAUACAUGGGUUUAUUUUCUACAUCGUCUCUGUCAUAUUAACAAGACUCUUUACCGUAUGUGAAUACCUCUCCAAUUCGACUCAUCUAAUUAAAAUUUCUUCUAGGGGUAGUGCAUGCUCAGCACCAUCAACUUUACGUGCCUUAUGCCUAUGGAGCCGUGUACGCUCAUUGGACCGAAACUAUUUUCCUCGAUGUCUUGAGCUUCAUCUUAGCGAAUACUAUUUCCGGGAUAUCAGUUCGUCAGGGGAUGAUUUUAUCUUCGCUGGCGACGCUGAAGACUAUUAGUGAUCACUGCAAUUUUGUGUUUCCCUGGGAUCCUUUUGGAUACAUUAACGGCAAUAAUGCAAGAUUCCACGACUUACAUCAUCAGAGUUGGGGUCUUAAGGUUAGUAAAAUUUCGACCCUUAGCACAUUGCUAUAUUUCUGAGAAUGCCCUAACAUAAGUCGAUCUAGCACAACUUUUCUACUUAUACCGUCUUUUGGGAUAGACUACUCGGAACCGAAUGGACCGAUGUUCAAGGGGCGGAUAUGCGUUAUGUUCGAACCCACGAAUUAGUUAAAGCUCGCAGAAAGAUAAACGAGAUUAAUGUGGCGCACCCAAAGGCGGAGUAGGGAUUUAUUCAGAAUAUCUCAGAGGCUGAAUAUUCCGCAAAACAUCUUGUGUAUCUGUCUCGGAUAGUUUGUCAAAUAUUCCGGGCUGCAGUCCUAUUUGAACUUAUCAAAUUUUCAAUGUUGAAAAAGUGCUUUAUUGUUUUAAUAAUGUUACGGUUUCAAUAGACUUGCUAUCUGAGAUAAUUUCAGUGUCCAAAAUGUUUUCAUAUUUAUAAAUAAGUUCAUUAUUUAGACUGC